AUGAUGCUGGUGGAGGGGCAGGAUGGAGUGGAAAGGCAAGAAGGCAAGCACGAGGGUGUCGGUUUAUAUCCUGGACAAGAGAUAAACGGGGAAGACGAAGUGCAGAAAGGAUCUCUGGGAGUUGCAGAGGAUGAGGAUGCCAUGAUGGCGGAGAUCGAAACCGACCUCAUCUUCUCCGACGACGCCUUUCCUUCUCUUCCCGAUUUCCCAUGUCUCUCCUCUCCGUCGAAUGCCGCAUGUCCGUCUUCUUCUUCUUCAAACUCGUCUUCCUCCUCCGCCUCUUCGGUACCUUGGGCCCUCGGUGGACAGGACCAUCAACAGCAUGCAGAGGGUCAAACGUCGUCCUCCGUCGUGGGCGAUGUCCCGGUGACUCUUCCUUCCACGCCGUCCGAUAGGAGACAUCCACUGGACUCCCUGGCUUCGGACUGCAGCAUGUACCAGUUUGCGGGCAUGGAUCUUCUCGGCUCAGCCGAUGAAUCGUGGGACCCCUUGUCUCUCUUUCCCGACGAUGAGGAGACCAACAAUAUGGAUGGAGACGAGUCCAUCCUGCAACAAGGCAUUCGCCGGACGCAGCAAGGGGAAGAGCUUAUCCAACAGCAACACCACCGGGAGCUGCGGCUGUUAACCCUAGAGGAAGGGAACGGAGGUGACAAAGAAGCUGGGGGCUGCGCAUCCCAAGAGUUGGCGAUGGUGUUCCUGGAGUGGCUCCGAGACAAUAAGGAGACCAUCUCCCCUCAGGACCUUAGGAGCAUCAAGCUCCGGCGCUCCACCAUCGACUGCGCCGUCCGCAGCCUCGGAGGUGGCAAGGACGGCAUGAAGAAGUUGCUCAAGCUUAUCCUCACCUGGGUGCAGAACAACCAUCUCCAGAAGAAAAGGCGCCCUUCAGCGGAUCUCCUCACCGGAGAAGAAGAAGACCUCGAGAUCACAAACCUUUACCAACAAACACAGGCGGCAACGAUCCACACUCCUCUCCCUGAUCUCAUUCAGACCCCCGUCUCGGGUCCUCACGAGGGCCUUGUUCCAAACUCCUGCCAGAGUUUCCUUCCCGUCACCACUCCUGGCCCCGCUAUCCAAGGGCCUUGUAGCCCUUGGGCGCCUCCCGGAGACCCCUGCGGCGGCGAAGUUCUAUACUCGACAUCUGCUUCGACCACACCCCCUUCCAUUCAGUCCUUCUCGCCUCAGUCAUCUUUCCACGCUGUGGAACCCAUUUGCCCUUGGACGCAGGCGCUGCCUCAAUUCCCCGUGUUCUCCACUUCUCCACAUCCCGCACCAUCGCUGUAUACUUCCGGUGGCCUUCCUGGUCAGUACGCGGUGGGGCACUUGUUCCAUCAGGGUCCCGGAGAGUCUCUCGUGAGGUUGGCCUCGUCUGCUACGAAGGAGGCUAGGAAGAAGAGGAUGGCGAGGCAGAGGCGUUUCUCUUCCCUCCACCAUAACCACAACCACCACCACCACCAUCAACGUAAUCAGCACCAUCAGAGCACCCAUGACCAGCACCAGCAUCAGAUUCAUCUUCAGCAAUGUGCUCCUGCUCUUCCUGGGGAAGGGCGUUGUUCACAAAUGAACGCCCAUGGAAGCUGGACCUUUCGGCCUUCUACCUCUCCUUCCUCCCAACAGGUGGUGGAGACUGGAGGAGCCACUGCCACGACCAUGCCGCAACAGAGGCAACACGAUUUCCCACCUGGCAGCACUGCAGACAGGCGACAGGUAGCUACCUCUCUCAAUCGGCCGCUUUUCCACCUGUUCUAUAUCCACCGGCCUAAUUUGGGAAAGCACAGCAAGAUGCCUGUUUUCUGCUUAGCGUCUCUCUCUACCUCUCUUCAAUGAUCUUCGGCCAUAAACUGACGUAAAUCUGGUAUCUACUGCCGGCGAACAACUUGGGAUGGAAGUCGGAGAAGAAUCUGAGGUUCCUCCUGCAGAAAGUUCUCAAGCAGAGCGAUGUGGGGAGCCUUGGGAGGAUCGUCCUGCCAAAGGUUCUUCUCUCGCCCUCACUUCGUCUGGGUUUUCCCUUCUCCUCUCCAGUAAGAUUUUCCUCCUUUCAAAUAUGCUUAUACCCAUUUGGUUGCUGGAUUAGAAGGAAGCCGAGACACACUUGCCGGAGUUAGAGACAAGGGAUGGAAUCUCCAUCGUCAUGGAAGAUAUCGUCACAUCACGGUCAUGGAACAUGCGGUACAGGUGGGAUCAUUGUGUAAACUAUGAGGCUGAUACAUAUUAUUUGAGUCAACCAAGUAGAUCAGCUGAUCUGAUCCCAGUUCAUUUCCUUUCUUAGAUUUUGGCCUAACAACAAGAGCAGGAUGUAUCUACUUGAAAACACGGGUAGGAAACUAUUCCAUUCUCUCUUGCCCAUGAAAUGUUAUUUUGGCGGACGGAUAUCUUUCUUCAUACGUUUUAACGACCAUCUUCAAUUCACAUGUGAUUCUGAUGGACGAUUUCAGUUCAACUUCGUUUGGAAACCACUUGUAUUCAUCCCUCUGGUGCUUACAGGGGAUUUUGUGCGAUCCAAUGGGCUACAAGAAGGAGACUUCAUCGUGAUCUACUCAGAUAUUAAAUGCGGCAAAUAUGUACGUCUUCCUUCUUUUUUUUUUUAUUUGCUUAUUCAUGCAGAUUUUAUUCCUAAAGUUGUAGUUACUAGUAGUACUUCAGCUGUUUUCUCGCCCCAAAUGGAAAUCCCACUUAUCACACCUCUUGCUUUGCUUUGAAAUGUUGUUGUUCCUUUCUAAUGAUUCUUAUUUCUUGAUGUAAUCACGAGUAUAUAGAUAUUUUUCUUAAUCAUAUUCCGUUAUUCACCAUUUCUUUUGCUUGGAAAACAAAAUGUUGAGUCAUCAUGAUCUAUUGCGUUCAAUAUUAUCUAAUUGAGACCAUUCUUCGAUUUAGUAUAAUGCCAAAAUUGGCCUGCAAUGAACAAGUAAAUAACUCCUCGUUUUCUUUUCUGAAUAUGCCAUGUCCCUAUCAUAGUAAAAGAAAGUUGAUAUAUUUGACACAAAACCAAGACAAAAGAUACAAAAGGGGAACAGCUGAGAGGAAUCUCUUCACGUGUGCCAAGGUAUUUGACUUUGAUCCAAGCGAAGGAAAACUUGUUACCUGGUAGAUAAUUUUCCAAUUUUCAUUUUGGUUCGAGUCAAAUAAUCGAUUUUUUUAGUUUGAUGACAAAGUCAAUGUUUAUCUUAUUCGUUUACUUAUGAGAUAAUUUGUUAGAAGAAUCUUACAUUAAAGCAGAUUAUAUUGUUAUGCUCGCAUGGAUAGUUGAUUUCUGCUGAAAUAGCCAAGUGCUUUUAUAACUAAGAAUAAACUUCGACUCAUUACGCCGAAGUUGUUUUGAAUAAGGGUCUGGGCCUAAAUUCUUUUAUGGCCUGAUCUGCGGCUUUCAUCCUUCAACUAAAAUGGUUCCGAUGUUUCUCUCUUAGUUAAAUACCUAAAAAUGACAGAGUAGAUAAUAUCUUGCGCAAGCUUUUCUUCUGCCCAAUUUCUAACACGGCGCACUUCAAACAGAUGAUCAGAGGCGUGAAGGUUAGACAAUCGAUAGACCCCAAUGUGAGCGGAAACAACUCCCAGAAGCACAACCACCUGGGGAACAGUCUUAACGGAGGCACUGACACAAAGAAUAACAAGGUCAAGAGCGAUGGUGGCUGCACGAACAGCAGCAGAAUCUACAGCAAAGUGUCAGAGAACAGAAACGAACAUAGCGAUGUCAAAGUAUCAAGACAGUUCGAUCCAACCACCUCUGGCCUUCACACAACGGAAGCAUAUACAUAUGAUGCUGUAAGUGAUGGUCGUCUGCCUACGCGUCAGUAG